CGGUUCCCAAACAUAAGCUCAUGCUUUAAUAAAAAUGACCAGACCCCUCAAGUUCAUCUCUUACCUCCGACGCGGGGUCAAGACCGCGGAAAUAGGCUUGGUAUGACAUCGCUCUUUGACGUGAUUGAGAGAUGGGAUGAAACGGAUAACGGAGCGACCCUCAAAGAAGCUGAGGAAGUAUUGAACCUUGGCGAUGUCGAGGUCCUUGCUCCAUUACGUGGGAGAGACGUCUUAGCCGUAGGGUACAACUAUAAGGAUCACCAUGCCGAGUUCCAAAACACAGGUAUUGACAAGUCCAUGUCUGGCGAUCUGCCAGAAUACCCUGUGAUCUUUACGAAACGAGCUACCUCCAUUGUGGGCCACGGGCAUCCGAUCUAUACACAUCCAAAAGUCACAAGUAAGGUAGACUACGAGGGGGAGUUGGGGAUUAUCAUCGGAAAGGGCGGUUUUAGGAUCCUCAAGGAACACGCUUGGGAUCACGUUUGGGGAGCGACCAUCAUCAACGAUGUGACUGCUAGAGAUAGACAAGGGAUGCACAAGCAAUUCUACAUCGGAAAGAGCUUGAAUUCGCAUUGUCCCAUGGGUCCAUACGCAGUGCAUAAGUCCAACCUCGAUUUCAACAACAUGAGCAUCCUCACCCAACUCAAUGGUCAAACCGUCCAAUCUCAACCGACUACCGACCUCUUAUUCGAUAUACCAACACUCGUUGAGACCCUCUCCAUGGGCAUCACACUGCAGCCAGGGGACGUGAUCGCCACAGGGACGCCUGUAGGUGUUGGCGCAUCCACAGGUCGAUUCUUCAAAGGCGGAGAUGUGAUCAGCGUGAGCAUAGAGGGUCUAGGGACGCUGGAGAACACAGUUGAAGAUGGUGACGGAGCUGGCAAGGUGUCCCAAGUCAGAGAGCACAGGUCAGAGGUAUGAAUGAGACAGCUCGAGGGUUGAAUUUGUAAUGCGGUCAGAUUAGGAAAUAUUUUCCUAAUCAAUUAGGAAAAUCAUUAGUAAAUCGCCCCCCUCCCUCCUUCGCCACUCUAGGUGGAGACAACAU